AUGCACUCGAUGGAUCAUCCGAAUGUUGUUUCUUUGAAGAACAGUUUUUCCUCGACCACCAGUAUAGAUGAGCUUUUCCUCAACCUGGGUAUGGAAUACGUGCCUGAAUCCUUGUACCGGGUACUCAAGCAUUAUAGCAGUAUUAACCAGAGGAUGCCACUUAUAUUUGUUAAGCUCUACACUUAUCAAAUUUUUAGAGGGUUGGCUUAUAUUCAUAACUUUCCAGGAGUUUGUCAUAGAGAUGUGAAGCCACAAAAUGUUUUGGUCGACCCUCUUACUCACCAAGUGAAGAUUUUUGAUUUUGAGAGUGAUAAAAUUUUGGUUAAGGGCGAAGCAAACAUAUCUUACAUUUAUUCAUGGUAUUAUCGUGCUACUGAACUCAUAUUUGACGCAACAGAAUCCAGUACUUCAAUUGACAUAUGGUCAGCAGGCUGUGUCCUUGCGGAGUUACUCCUUGGCCAGGUUCUUGGUACUCCAACUCGCGAGGAAAUUCGAUGCAUGAAAACUAACUACACAGAUUUAGCUAUUCAAAGAUUAAAUCUCAUCCAUGGAGCUUUUCUACGAGGAAAGGUGCCCAAUCUAAAGCAUACAUCGAUUCAGCUAGGCCCUCACAUUGCAAAGGAUUGGUUUAACGGUGAAGAUAAGAAACAUGACAUUAAAGUGGUUGUUGCAGGAUUAUCUGACUGUGGCCAGCUCCGGUCUAAGGGGGUAAGGAGCUGCCUAUAG